AUGUUGGAGGUAAUUUCAGCCUUCUCCUACGCGUUUGUGACUGCUCUUGUUCUGUCUAUCGCCAUAUCCAAAUUUAUGAGGAGACCUAAUGUUGAUAGUAUUCCAUCAGUUGGCCCUGGUGGUCUGCUCACAUCGUACUGGGCGGCUGUGAAGUUUAUUUUUUAUGCCCGCGAAAUGUUACAAGAAGGAUACACAAAGGCGAGCAUGGCGUUUAAGAUUCCGGGUUUAUUCUGCUGGAAUAUCUUCCUGAGUGGCCCCAAGCUCGUUGAGGAGCUCCGGAGAGCCCCAGAAGAUCACAUAUCUGCUCGUGAAAGAAUCAGCGAUCCCAGGUAUACCAUAGGCCAUACGAUAAUUCACAACCCUUAUCAUAUCCCAAUUAUCCUAACUCAGCUCACUCGUAACUUACCUGCUCAAUUUCCGGACAUUCUGGAUGAAAUCCAGGCUUCCUUUGAUGAUCAUCUCCAAUUGAAUGGCUACGAAUGGACAAGCGUGCCUGCAUUUGAGACCAUCGUACAAGUCGUGUGUCGAACGAGCAACCGAGUCUUUGUUGGCCUCCCUCUAUGUAACUGCAUUAAUCUUUCCAGCCCCAAGCUUAUUUCCAUUAGGCCGGAUUGGAAUGACUUGACCUCCGGAUUUGCCCUCAGUGUGGUAAAGGUGGCGAUCACAAUCGACUUUUUCCCUAACUUCAUGGCUCCUUUGGUAAAUAGACUCCUUUCAAACUUGCCUAAAUCAGUGCAGCGUGGAAUGAAGCAUCUGCGGCCGAUAAUAGAGGAACGCCAGAAGUGUCUGGAUGAAUAUGGGAGUGGUUGGGAGGACAAGCCGAAUGACAUGCUGUCAUGGCUUAUGGACGAGGCACAAGGGGAAGAGCGUUCAGCAGAGAGUCUCACCAAGCGCAUGUUAUCAAUUAACUUAGGCGCAAUCCAUGGUUUUACACAUGCAUUGUUCUAUUUGGCUGCUCAUCCUCAGUACAUCAAUCCACUACGCGAAGAAGUCGAAGCCAUUGUAGAGGAAGAAGGCUGUUUCCUGAAGGAAACGCUCAGGUUUGAUGGCCUUACUUUCAUAUCUAUGCUCCGCAAGGCUGUGAAGGAUUUCACGUUCUCCGACGGAACCUUCGUACCCGCUGGUUGUACAGUCUCUGUUGCAUCAAUGCCUAUACACCGUGACAGUGACAUAUACAAAAAUGCUGACAUUUUCGACCCUUUUCGGUUUUCCAACGAGGAGCAGGAGGGAGAACAAGCUUGGCACCAGAUGGCGUCCACUCAUCCAGGGUAUCUACCUUUUGGACACAGGAGAAGUGCUUGUCCUGGACGUUUUUUCACUGCAAUUGAGUUGAAAACGAUGCUAGCACAUGUCGUUGUGACGUACGAUGUCAAGUUUAGGGAUGGCCAGCGCCCAGCCAAUGUAACAUUCGGUCCGGCCAAUUCGCCAGAUAUGAAAGCAAAGAUCUUGUUCAGAAAACGUGUAGUUUAG